AUGAGGCCUCGGCAGCUCUGGAUCUGGGCAGCAUUUGACUCACCUUUCACCUCUGUCUUGCAGGUAUCCUGCCUCAGAAUGACGCUCUUUGAUGGCAUCUAUCCCUUUUACCCCCAACCCAGGAAGCCCUUUGUCUUUGAUGUGGAUACCAUCGUUGUAAUUAUUGUCUUCCUUGUAAUUGCCUUCAGCUUCCUGCUCAUCCUUCCUGGAAUUCGGGGCAGAGCGGUGAGUACUGUUAUUGAAGAAGGACCAAAUCUUAGUAGUAGAUCAUCUGCUUUGCUAGAAGGUGGUCCCAGGUUCACUUCCUGGCUACUCCUAGUUUGGCUCAGAGAGAGUCACGCCUGAAAAUGCUGGGAAGCUGUUGCCAACCAGUGUUGAUAAUACGGCGUCAGAGUGUUGUUGCCAUCCAUCUGUGAGGAGUGAGCCUUCAGGGGUGAAAUCAAACCAGAGACCAACGCAGGAGAGACAUGUUUUGUUGCAUCCAGUCAUGCUGCUACAGGUGCACCAUGAUGUUUCUUCUCUCUGCACUCCUCCCGGCGAUCGUUCCUCCCCUGGACAAAAGGCAGCCCCCUGUGUCGCCCUUUGUGCUCGGAAGAGCAUAUUAUUGAUCCCUGCAAUGAAACGGCAAUACAUUUGCAUUCGUUUUGAAUGAAAAGCAGCCUCGAGAGGCUGUGAUUUUGAGCAAAGGAGAGGCACCAAAGGGGUGGCAGGAAGGAAAGGUGGUACCCGACUUUGCUGUUAGAAGGAAUUAGUAUUUAAAAAGAAAAGGGCUUUGGAGCUGUGUUCACAACCUGUUGUGCAUAGCACCAUCUCCAUACGACGACACAACUAUCUUCAGUUAUUUGGCGGUGUGUGGGUGUGCCUGUCUUUGUGUGAAAACCAUAAAACCACAGAGACUUGCAGCUGCAUGAUGCAACUGUGAGUGAAUGUUUAUGCAGGAAAGGAAAGGGAGUGAUCAGCGUUGGAUUUAGGGUGGUGCGGGAGGUUUCUCACACAGGGUGCUGAGCUGAGGGGGUGCAUAAUAAUAUUAUUAUUAAUAAUAAUAAUAAUAAUUAAUAAUACAGUCAUACCUCGGGUUAAAUAUGCUUCAGGUUGAGUGCUUUCUGGUUGCGCCACUUGUGCAUGCACAGAUGGUCAAAAUGAUGUCACGCGCAUGCGUGGAAGUGGUGACCUGCGCAGGUGCGGGUUACAUUCGCUUCAGGAUGCGAAUGGGGAUCCGGAACGGAUCCCAUUCGUAUCUAGAGGUACCACUGUAAUACGGAUACCUGCUGAGAAGAAUCAUAAAAAAGCAACUGUACCAAAAGGAAUUAUGGUGAAAAUAAAUACUUAGGAGGAAAGUGCCAAAUUUUGGCCUCGCUCAGGGUGCCAUAUUAUCGAAGUCCACCCUGGGAGUGGGGAAGGCAGACUCAGUGGCAGUCUCCACAGUGGUUAGAGCCAGAAUACAAAGGUAUGAUGUCACAUUCUUAAAAUGGAAAGGAAACAUUAAAAAAUAAAAUCCUGGUAGUUUUAUCAACCUUUUCAGGAGUACAUUUCCUUCCCCGUCCCCCACCCUAAAAGAACUGGCAUGGUGUAUUCACAGGAGUUUGACCACCAGGGGGAGACAGACACUGUGCUAUGCUGUGUACUGUAUUUAUUAUUACUGUGAUUUUAGAACUACAUUUCUAUCCUGCCUUUUCCUCCAAAGAUCUCAAGGCAGCAUGUGCGAAAGGUUCUCCCUUCUCCUCUGCUCUGUCCUCACCCCAGCCCUGUGAAGUAGACCGGACUGAGAGAUAGUGACUGAGAUUUGUAGCCAAGUGGGAUUUGAACCCAGGUCCAGCCUUAAUUCAACACUCUUAAUUCAGCAUCCUACUGUCAUGAAGCUGGUGGGGGCUGUGUUUAACCAUCUCCUCUCCCCUGCUGCAUUUUCCUGAUCUCACCCCCCCAGCCCCACCCCUUAAACUCACAGAAGGGUGGGGGGAAAUGCAGGUAUCAGUAUCAUGUCUGCCUAUAUUCCAGGACAUGAUUGACAGGUUGACAGCACCCAGAUACACAUAUCUUACCCCUGUGUAGAGGGAACUGUAAAAAGGUAAAGGUAAAGGGACCCCUGACCAUUAGGUCCAGUCGUGACCGAUUCUGGGGUUGUGGCGCUCAUCUCGCUUUAUUGGCCAAGGGAGCCGGCGUACAGCUUCUGGGUCAUGUGGCCAGCAUGACUAAGCCGCUUCUGGCGAAUCAGAGCAGUGCACGGAAACGCCGUUUACCUUCCCGCCGGAGCGGUACCUAUUUAUCUACUUGCACUUUGACGUGCUUUCGAACUGCUAGGUGGGCAGGAGCAGGGACCAAGCAACAGGAGCUCACCCCGUCGCAGGGAUUCAAACCGCCGACCUUCUGAUCGGCAAGCCCUAGGCUCUGUGGUUUAACCCACAGCGCCACCCGCGUCCCAGAGGGAACUGUACUGGCUGUCAAAUAGCUAUGGGCCCAUAUUCAGGGUGGCUUAGGACCGGGUUACUUUAAAGGCCGCCUGCCCCUGUAUGGAUAGACCUUUGAGAUCCCUCCGACACUUUGCAAUGCACCUUGCAAACCAUUAUAGGGUGGGGACCCCCAAAGAGGGACUUUUCUUCUGUUGCCCAGUACUGUGGAAUGCCUUCCCCUCUGCCAUACCUGAAGCAGCAGCUGUCAGUUCCUUCAGGCAUCUUUUUGCCCAGAUCCUCUUUGAUCCCUAAGAUUGGACCCCAUUUUACAUGUCUGAAUUCUCUUGAUCACUUGCUUUAUUUGCUUUUAGAUGGUUUUUAUUCUGUGUUAUUGGUUUGUUUCAGUGGAUGUUGUACUUGCUGUGCAGGGCUUAGUGGUGUUUUUUUUCUGAAAUAUGAAGCAGUUUGAAAUGCUUUUAAUUAAUUAAUUAGCAGCUGGGGGAGGAGGAGUUUAGUUCAGGGGAACACCAACCCUGCUGAUGCAGCUCAGUUUAAAAACCGAACUCUCUCCCAAAACUGUUGCUUUAAAGCAGCGAUGCAGAGCCACCAGUUCAUGGGCCAGAUAUGGCCCCUGGAACCUUCCCACCCGGCCCCUUGCAAACCCUCCUCCCCACCCCCAUGGCAAGUAGGGCUGGGUGGCAGCGGGAGCGGUGUGGAAGGGAGAUGUAAUUGUAACCCAAGUGAAAAGCAAAUCCUCUUCCCCCCUUUGACUUUCUGUUCUCUUUUGUUGGCAGAGGCUGUACUGGCUUUUCCGGGUCAUCGCAAGCCUUUUUAUCGGAGGGGUCAUCGUUGGUGAGUCCCCUUCUCCAUCUGACCUCAGCAAACCUCUCUGUCUUUGGCCUUCGUUUGUGCUCACAUCCACGCUGUGGAUUUAAAGUCCCCUCCCCAAAAAGAGUCCUGGGAACUGUAGUAUGUUCAGGAUGCUGGGAAUGGCAGCUUUGCGCAGGGUAAAACAGCAGUUUCCCAGGAUUCUUUGUGAGAAGCCGUGUGCCUUAAAAGUGUGGUGUUGACCUGACCCACAUUUGCAAACCUCGGCUACUAAUCUGUGAUUGAAGAGGGUGGUGGUGUGUGGAACUAAAGGGGUCAAUUCUGGGGGAACCACCAUCCCAAAAGAGGGCGGGCAACACUCUUUGGCGCCCGACACUCACAGAGACUUUCCUCACCUUUGCAGCUGUCCACUUCACCUCUGACUGGGAGAGGGCACAGGGAACAGCGAUCACCACCUACAAGUCUUUCAGCCCAGCUAAGGUCCAUGCAGAGAUUGGGCUGCACGUCGGUCUGGCAGGACUCAACGUCACUCUAGUUGGUGAGUCUGAGGUGCCAACACGGGGGGGGGGAGUCCUAACAGCGUGUUUCCAGAUGUGCUCCAACAUUUCACAGUCCUAUCAGUUCCAGCUACAGUAUUUACGGGACCGCCAGUGGAGUUGCAACGGGGGUGUGGUGGGGUGCACCCCAGGUGCUAUGUCUGGGGGGGAUGACAAGAAGGCACCCCACGGCGGUGUGAGCAGCCAUCACGCCACUGCAGCCCCUUGUGGAGGAUCCUCCGUUCUCGGCUGCAACCGUGAGCAGAGGAUCCCAGCACCAGCGGCAAACCACUAUGUACAGCGCAUGUGCAAUGUUGCACACAUGCGCUGUACAUAGCAACAUCGCGCAUGCACAGUACAUAGAGGUUUGCCACAUGUAUAGCGCAUGUGUGGCGUUGCACACAUGCACUGUACAUAGCGACGCCACACAUGCGCAGUACAUAGAGGUUUGCCACAUGUAUAGUGCAGGUGCGGCGUUGCACACAUGCGCUGUACGUAGCGAUGCCGCACAUUUGCAGUACAUAGCAGUUUGCCACAUGUAUAGAGCAUGUGUGGCAUUGCACACAUGCGCUGUAUGUAGCGACACCGCACAUGCGCUGUACAUAGCGGUUUGCCGCCGGCACCGCUCCAACGCCAUACAGACGGCGUUGGGAUCCCUCUGUCGCCGCUACAGCCGCAUGAGAGGACCCCCGCACCCUCCGUAUGGCGCUGGAGCGGCGGUAAACCACUAUGUACAGCGCAUGUGUGCCGUCGCUACGUACGACGCAUGCAUCGUACGUAGCAACGCCACACAUGCGCCCUACGUAGCAACGUCCCGCCCUGGGUGUCACGACGCCUUCAUUUGCCCCUGGCUACCGCUUCAUGCCCUUCCUUGGACACUAACCAAUCUUGCCUCUGUAGGAAGCCCCGUAGAACAGCUCAAUGAAACGAUCAACUACAACGAGCAUUUCUCCUGGUGGUUUGGGGCAAACUAUGACAACGACUUCGACGAAGGCUUGGAGCACGGCCUGCCCAGCCCCAUCCUCUACGUGGCAGAAAAGUUCACUGGGGACAGCCCCUGCGGCCUCCAUCACCUCUACAGAAUGGCAGGGCACUAUGCGUCAGCCACCCUGUGGUGAGUGGGACUCACCGGGCUCCUGAAUGGGGGGGGGACCUCACCAGGAUGGGGGGGGGGACCGUUUGAGACCAGCAAGCCCAGGCUCUUAUCUCCCCAUUGCCUUCUGGGUGGAACCCUGCCCCCAAUCACCAAGUCACAUUAUUUUGCCCAUGGGGGUCUCCAGAAGCCCCUUUCAAAGAGCUGCUUUGCACUGCACUUUGAAAGGAGCUUGAAGUGAUCAGACAUCAGCCUCCACCAGCCUGACCAAUGGUCGGGGGUGAUGGGUGCUGGAGUCGCAGGAGCAUCAGGGGUGGGGCACUGGGGUGAGGAAGGCCAACUUGCUGGUAGGCUCUGCUUCCAGGGCUUCAGACAGAAGAUCUUUCCAGAAGCUGCUUAGCUGAGUUUUUGGAUGGAGAUGCUGCGAAUUGAGGCCUGUUUCCAAGGUGGCGUCAAGUCUAAAGUCAAUUUAGCCAUGAAAUGUUUUGCACCAGAAUGUUGUUGUGCAGGAUAAUGCAUGAGAAUAUAAGAAGGGCCCUGCAGGAUCAGGCCCCUGGCCCAUCUAGUCCAGCAUCCUGUUCUCUCUCAGAUGCCUGAGAGAAACCCGCAAACAGGCCCCAAUCCCACGAGCCCUCUCCCCUCCUGAGGUUCCCAGCAACUGAAAGUAUUAUUUGUUGCAUUUAUAUCCCAACCUUCUCUCUGUGAAGCUCUGGGUGGCUUCCAUAGUUCUCCCCCUCCCCCAUUUAAUCCUCACAUCAACCCUGCAAGGUAGGGUAGGCUGAGAGGCAGUGAGUGGCCCAAGGUCACCCAGGGAGCUUCAUGACCCAGUGGGGAUUCGAACCCUGGCCUCCCAGCCCCUAGUCUGACACUCUAACUGUUAACCACUGGCUCCUGUUCAGAAUUUGGAAGCUCUACUGCUUCUAUCCGUGGAGGCACAGCACAGCCACUGUGGCUGGGAGCCAUCAAGAGCCCCCUUCUCCUCCUCAAAUUUGGCCCGUCCUCUUUCAAAGCUAUCCAAGUUGGUGGCCGUCACUGCUGUCUCCUGCAGCAGCGAGUUCCAUAGUUUAACCAUGCACUGCAUGAAGAAUAAUAAUAAUAAUUUGUACCCCACCCAUCUGGCUGGGUCUCCCCAGCCACUCUGGGCUGCCUCCAACAAAGGUUAAAAAUGCAUUAAAAUGUCACACAUUAAAAACUUCCCUAAACAGGGCUGCCUUCAGAUGUCUUCUAAAGGUCAGGUAGUUGUUUAUCUCUUUGACAUCUGAUGGAAGGGCGUUCCACAGGGCAGGUGCCACUACUGAGAAGGCCCUCUGCCUGGUUCCCUGUAGCUUGGCUUCUUGCAGUGAGGGAACCGCCAGAAGGCCCACAGCGCUGGACCUCAGCGUCUGGGCAGGAUGAUGGGGGUAGAGACGCUCCUUCAGGUAUACUGGGCCAAGGCCGUUUAGGGCUUUAAAGGUCAGCACCAACACUUUGAAUUGUGCUUGGAAACAUACUGGGAGCCAAUGUAGGUCUUUCAAGACCGGUGUUAUGUGGUCCCGGCAGCCACUCCCAGUCACCAGUCUAGCUGCCGCAUUCUGGAUUAGUUGUAGUUUCUGGGUCACCUUCAAAGGUAGCCCCACAUAGAGCGGAUUGCAGCAGUCCAAGCGGGAGAUAACUAGAGCAUGCACCACUCUGGUGAGACAGUCCGUGGGCAGAUAGGGUCUCAGCCUGCGUACGAGACGGAGCUGGUAGACAGCUGCCCUGGAUACAGAAGUGGCCUGUGCCUCCAUGGACAGCUGUGAGUCCAAAAUGACUCCCAGGCUGUGCACCUGGUUCUUCUGGGGCACAGUUGCCCCAUUCAGGACCAGGGAGUCCUCCACACCAGCCCGCCCCCUGUCCCCCCAAAACAGUACUUCUGUCUUGUCAGGAUUCAACCUCAAUCCAUAACCCGCCAUCCAUCCUCCAACCAGGCAUUUGCACAGGAAGAAGGCCUUCUCUUUUGCCUGCCCCCUGAAUCUCCCAACAUCCAGCUUUGGGUUGCCAGUCACUUUGUGGCGCAAUGGAUUGCGCCGAGAAUUCCCUCCACCGCAGAUGCUGCGUUGGGUCUUCUCUGUCCCGCAGCGUGAAAACCCUCGCCUCCCCAUGCAGCCCCUAAACCGGUUGACCUUCUGCCCGUGGAGCGGGUCUCUUCUCUGAGCUGUGAUAAAUGGCGAGCGCUUGUCUCUUCCCUGCAGGGUUGCCUUCUGCGCCUGGCUGGUCUCCAACAUGCUCUUCUCCAUGCCGGUCCCCGUCUAUGGCGGCUACAUGACCCUCGUCACAGGCAGCUUCCUCAUCUUUGCUCUGCUCUCUUUCUCCACCGGGAGGAGUGCUUCCUGCGUCAUCCAGUUCGGCCCCACCUCCUUGCAACUCGCCUAUGGCGCAUCCUUCUGGCUGACGCUGGCCACAGGUGAGCUUAUCUUAAGGUUACCAGAUUUUUUUCAAUGAAUCCAGGGACACUUUUCAACUUCAAUGGAUUUUGGAUGGGGACUGGUUUGUAAAUCCAGGGACUGUCCCCUGGAAAUGGGGACGUCUGGUAACCUGAGCUUAUCUUCAGUGGCUGGGGUUCAGAGCAACCUCUGCCUGCCCCCCCAAACAGCCCCCGCUGCCUGCCUUUUCAUUGAUGACCAGUCCAGGGGAAGGCUCUGCUGCCAUUUUCCUCCUCAAUCUGUGUUUCCCCUUUCAGAAUUCAGCAGGGAGGAGGAGGCAGAGGAGGCAAAGCCUGAAUAAUAAUAAUAAUAAUAAUAAUAAUAAUAAUAAUAAUAAUACAGACAUACCUCGGGUUGAAGUUGCUUUAGGUUGAGCAUUUUCAGGUUGCGCUCCGUGGCGACCCAGAAGUGAUGGAACGCAUUACUUCCAGGUUUCGCCGCUUGCGCAUGCGCAGAUGCUCAAAAAUGACAUCACGCGUAUGCGCAGAAGUGGUGCGUUUGCUUCAGGAUGCGAACGGGGCUCCGGAAUGGAUCCCGUUCGUAUCCAGAGGUACCACUGUAAUAAUAAUAAAUAAUAAUUAUUAUUAUUAAUGAGUUGUCUCUGCCAGCCAUGUGUUCCGGCUUCCACCCUACCAGUCCCAAAGGGUAGUAGCAUCCUCCACGGUGUGAACCUCACCACCAAGUGGGUAUUUGGACCCAAGCCACCCUAGUCCAACUCUAACCACUGCACCACACUGAAUGAUAUAGGAAUUGUGCACCCUACAGCAUGUGUGCACCGUUCCAACACUGAAUUGAGAAUGACACAAGCAGCGCUGGACCAGUGUUGGUUGCUGUCACCAUGGACCAUGCAAAUGGUCUCUUGUGAGUCUACUUGCACAUGUAGUUAUGUGGAUGGGCACCCUAUUGUUGCACAGAGCUCUGGAUGGGGGGUCCUUGCAGAGAAUUCAUGGUUGUCUGUUGACACAUAAAACUCAGUGUUUAUUAUCUUUUGGGGGGAGGGACUAUUACCAAGUAUAGACUGUCAACCAUUGGAAGUGAAUACUGGGGAUCAAAGAAUUAACAUAUAAAGAGCACAAGGUAUCCAGGCAAGCAAAAUAAUAAUAAUAAUGAUCAGAGUUCCAAGCAAAAGUGCUUGAGAAGGGUACAAUGCUGGUAAGGGGGAGAUGUUAUGGAAGACCUGGAGGAACUUAAUUUGAGCCUGAGGUUCCCCACCCACUGCUACAAACUCUCAACUUUAUUAAACUGAGCAUGAAAACAAGCAUGAAUUCAUCAAUGGAUGCCAUUCCAGCUUCCUUCCUCGCCAGCAACAAAGUCUGUCUUUGGUUCACUAACUGAUUGUCCGUCUCUGUGUUUUCCAGGGCUGCUCUGCUUCCUGAUCGGAGCCGUGGUGAUAACGCUUCACUACACCUGCCCUGACCUCCUAAAAGCCUUCUUUGACCUGUGUGAGGAUGAAGAGGAGGAAGAGGGGAUGCUAGGAGAAGUGUAUAUUAACCCCCACUAUGCUCGAACGAAGGCAGCUCCUCCGCCAGCCAAUUUGAGGCUGACCAUCAUGGACAGCUAG